GGGGCGGGGCGACCGGCUUUCGGAAUCGCCUGCCAGCCCGGGCGCGAGCUGGGCCUGUGCUGCGCCGAGAUGUCCGGAGGAUCAGCCAGGAGCCUGGGGAAGGGAAGCGCGCCCCCGGGGCAGGUCCCCCAGGGCCUGAUUCGCGUCUACAGCAUGAGGUUCUGCCCGUUCGCCAAGAGGACGCUCCUGGUCCUGAAGGCCAGGGGAAUUGGGCAUGAAGUCAUUAACAUCAACCUAAAAAAUAAGCCUGAGUGGUUCUUCAAGAAGAAUCCCUUUGGCCUGGUGCCCGUUCUGGAAAACAGUCAGGGUCAAGUGAUCUAUGAAUCUGCCAUCACUUGUGAGUACCUGGAUGAAGCAUAUCCAGGAAAGAAGCUGUUGCCAGAUGACCCCUAUGAGAAAGCUCGCCAAAAGAUGGUCUUUGAGUUGUUUUCUAAGGUACCACCUUUGUUAUUAAGCUUUCUUAGAAGGCAAAAUAAGGAAGACUGCUCUGGCCUGAAAGAAGAAUUGCAUAAAGAACUCAGCAAGCUAGAGGAGGUUCUGACUAAUAAGAAGACAACCUUCUUUGGUGGCAGUUCUCUUGCUAUGAUUGACUACCUCAUCUGGCCCUGGUUUGAAUGGCUGGUAGCCCUGGAGUUAAAUGAGUAUGUAGACCACACUCCAAAUCUUAAGCUCUGGAUGGCAGCCAUGAUGAAAGAUCCUGCAGUAUCAUCCCUUUUCAUUGAUCCAAAGGCCUUUCGAGGUUUCUUAGAUCUCUACUUGCAGAACAACCUCGAGGCCUGUGACUAUGGGCUCUGAAGGGGACAGGAGUCAACAAUGAAAAUAUAUCGGAUAUUUCCGUUCACUAAUAUGAAUAAUAACAUGCUUUUAUUUUA